UGUGUUUUGUAGUGUUGGCCGGUAUCAGGAUCCAAUCGAAUGCCUAUUGAAUGCCGAUUACGAAAUACCGAUUUUAUGUCGGAAUCCCGAUACCGGUCAACUAGUAUUAUGACAUAUACCCUAUUUCUUCUAAUGAAAUGGCCGGCCAUUCCUUUUUUUUCCGCCGCCAAAGGGCCAUUAUAUUGUAGGCGGUCAUUUAUCUUGAGGGGGCUUAUUUACUUCCCCUACCUUCCCAGUCAAUUUUUUGGUAAAUAUGUAAAAAUUGGUCAGUCCUAUACUCCUCGAUCUGUGUCGAAUGACACCAAUGAAAAUUGA